GCCGACGGCUGCGAACUAAACCGAGAUGGAAUCUCCCAGUCUGAACCGGUUUCAGCCGGUUACGAGUUUGGUGCUUGUGAGGAGCAGAAGAAGAAGAAGAAGAAGAAGACCGCGCAGACUCACGCGCUCUCUAUCUCUCUUACACACAGUCUCCUUAAAAAACAAAACAAAAAAAAAUACAUAUAAAAUAUAAACUAAGUGAAAGAUUUGUUUAUGGAGGUUCGGUUUUCGGGGCGUUGAAAGAAAAGAUGAGUCGGCUGGAGGAGAUACCGUAGCUUUUUUUUGCCGUGAUUGUGAGCGCGCUGAGGGAGGUGCAGGGGUCCUUGUCAAAAAAAAAAAAAAAAACUAGCAUAAUAUCCGUGAGGCUAAUCAGUGUUUUCAUUCACACAGGUACUGGAAAUAGUUGAGGUGAUAUUUUUUGUUUAUUAUUAUUUUUUUAGCAACUCUGGCAGACCUUUCUCUCAAAGGCUUGGACUUUCGAGCUCUAUGCCAGCAGUUAUGACAAUGUUGGCCGACCACGCAGCCAGACAGCUGCUGGACUUCAACCAGAAACUGGAUAUUAAUCUCCUCGAUAAUGUGGUUAACUGCUUGUACCAUGGAGUGGGACCGCAGCAAAGAAUGGCCCAGGAGGUCCUCACACAUUUAAAGGAGCACCCGGAUGCAUGGACCAGAGUGGACACCAUCUUGGAAUUCUCCCAGAACAUGAACACCAAAUACUAUGCUCUGCAGAUUCUGGAAACAGUUAUUAAAACAAGAUGGAAGAUUCUGCCCAGAAACCAGUGCGAAGGAAUUAAAAAAUAUGUUGUCGGCCUCAUUAUCAAGACAUCUUCUGAUGCAGCCAAUGUGGAGAAGGAGAAGGUGUACAUUGGAAAACUUAACAUGAUUUUAGUUCAGAUUUUGAAGCAGGAGUGGCCCAAGCACUGGCCCACGUUUAUCAGUGAUAUCGUAGGGGCGAGCCGCACGAGCGAGAGCCUCUGCCAGAACAACAUGAUCAUCCUGAAGCUGCUCAGCGAGGAGGUGUUUGAUUUCUCCAGUGGACAGAUGACACAGGUCAAAGCCAAACAUCUGAAGGACAGUAUGUGUAAUGAGUUCUCGCAGAUCUUUCAGCUCUGCCAAUUUGUGAUGGAAAACUCCCAAAAUGCUCCUUUGGUACAUGCCACCUUAGAAACGCUGCUCCGGUUUCUGAAUUGGAUUCCACUUGGCUACAUCUUUGAGACCAAACUCAUCAGCACUUUAGUGUAUAAGUUUCUGAAUGUCCCAAUGUUUCGGAACGUGACACUAAAGUGUCUGACUGAGAUCGCAGGUGUGAGUGUGAGCCAGUAUGAGGAGCAGUUUGUCACAUUGUUCACUCUCACCAUGAUGCAACUCAAACAGAUGUUGCCUCUGAACACAAACAUUCGCCUAGCGUACGCCAACGGGAAGGACGACGAGCAGAACUUCAUUCAGAAUCUGAGCCUGUUCCUCUGCACGUUCCUGAAAGAGCACGGCCAGCUCAUAGAGAAAAGACUCAACCUGCGGGAGACACUUAUGGAGGCUCUGCACUACAUGCUGCUGGUGUCUGAGGUGGAGGAGACUGAGAUCUUUAAGAUCUGUCUGGAGUACUGGAACCACCUGGCCGCAGAGUUGUACAGAGAGAGUCCGUUCAGCACUUCCACUUCCCCGCUGCUCUCUGGCAGCCAGCAUUUUGAUGUUCCACCACGUAGGCAGCUCUAUCUACCUGUGCUUUCCAAGGUGCGUCUGCUGAUGGUGAGCCGGAUGGCAAAACCGGAAGAGGUGCUGGUGGUGGAAAAUGACCAGGGGGAGGUGGUGCGGGAGUUUAUGAAGGACACGGACUCCAUCAACCUGUACAAGAACAUGAGGGAGACCCUUGUGUAUCUGACCCAUCUGGAUUAUGCCGACACCGAGCGUAUCAUGACCGAAAAACUCCAUAACCAGGUGAAUGGGACGGAGUGGUCCUGGAAAAACCUGAACACACUGUGCUGGGCCAUCGGCUCAAUCAGCGGAGCCAUGCACGAGGAGGAUGAGAAGCGAUUUCUUGUCACUGUCAUCAAGGACUUGCUGGGAUUGUGUGAGCAGAAGCGAGGAAAAGAUAACAAGGCCAUCAUCGCCUCAAACAUCAUGUACAUCGUCGGCCAGUACCCGCGAUUCCUGCGCGCACAUUGGAAGUUCCUCAAGACUGUAGUCAACAAACUGUUCGAGUUCAUGCACGAGACCCACGAUGGAGUGCAAGACAUGGCGUGCGACACGUUCAUCAAAAUUGCGCAAAAGUGCAGGAGGCAUUUCGUGCAGGUGCAGGUCGGCGAGGUCAUGCCGUUUAUUGACGAGAUCCUCAACAAUAUCAACACCAUCAUCUGUGACUUGCAGCCACAGCAGGUGCAUACAUUCUAUGAGGCAGUAGGUUAUAUGAUCGGUGCUCAGACAGACCAGGCUGUACAGGAGCAUCUGAUAGAGAAGUAUAUGCUGCUACCUAACCAGGUGUGGGACAGCAUCAUCCAACAGGCCACCAAGAACGUAGAUAUUCUGAAGGACCCAGAGACUGUUAAACAGCUAGGGAGCAUCCUGAAGACUAACGUGAGGGCCUGUAAGGCUGUGGGACACCCGUUUGUCAUUCAGCUCGGCCGCAUCUACUUGGAUAUGCUCAACGUCUACAAGUGCCUCAGUGAGAACAUCUCCGCCGCUAUCCAGACCAACGGUGAGAUGGUGACUAAACAGCCUCUAAUCAGAAGCAUGCGCACGGUCAAGAGAGAAACACUCAAACUCAUCUCAGGCUGGGUCAGCCGUUCCAACGAUCCACAGAUGGUCGGGGAGAACUUCGUUCCACCUUUGCUGGACGCCGUCCUGAUAGAUUACCAGCGCAACGUUCCGGCAGCCAGAGAGCCGGAAGUCCUCAGCACGAUGGCAACCAUCGUCAACAAACUGGGCGGUCACAUCACCACUGAGAUUCCACAGAUCUUCGACGCUGUGUUUGAAUGCACGCUGAACAUGAUUAACAAAGACUUUGAGGAGUAUCCAGAGCACCGCACACACUUCUUUUACCUGCUGCAGGCGGUGAAUUCCCACUGCUUCCCGGCGUUCCUCGCCAUUCCCCCAGCACAGUUCAAACUGGUGCUGGACUCCAUCAUCUGGGCCUUUAAACACACGAUGAGAAACGUGGCUGAUACCGGUCUGCAGAUUCUCUACACGUUGCUGCAGAACGUGGCCCAGGAGGAGGCAGCGGCUCAGAGCUUCUACCAGACAUACUUUUGUGAUGUUUUGCAGCACAUCUUCUCCGUAGUUACAGACACGUCGCACACGGCUGGUCUGACGAUGCACGCGUCUAUCCUGGCUUACAUGUUCAAUCUGGUAGAGGAGGGUAAGAUCAGUAUGACACUGAACCCCGCGACCCCAAUGAGUAAUCAGGCUUUCAUCCAGGAGUACGUGGCCAACUUGCUCAAGACGGCCUUCCCUCAUCUUCAGGAUGCACAGGUAAAGGUGUUUGUAACGGGGCUGUUCAGUCUGAACCAGGACAUCCCUGCAUUUAAAGAGCACUUGAGAGACUUCCUGGUGCAGAUCAAGGAAUUUGCAGGUGAGGACACUACAGAUUUGUUCCUCGAGGAGCGUGAAGCAUCUCUGCGCCAGGCCCAGGAGGAGAAGCACAAGCUGCAGAUGUCUGUCCCUGGAAUCCUUAACCCUCACGAGAUCCCUGAGGAGAUGUGUGACUGAACAUAGUGUGUGUGUGUGUGUGUGUGUGUGUGUGUGUUUGUGUACACGUACACAUCUUACUGGCGCCUUAACGCAUUUAACCACAUUGCUAAAGACAGCAGUGUCAAUGCUGUCUUGUUUUGAGGCCAGUGAUCGUGUGUGUGUGUGUGUGUGUGUGUGUGUGUGUGUAAGGGUUGAGUGUGUCUGAGAGUGUGUUCCUCCACUAUGGAGGCAAAAUCUGCACUUGGCUGUCUUUUGACCAAAUCAAUGCCAAUCUGUAUAAUGAUCCAGUCACCCAGUGGCCCUUUUUACAUAACCUGCAUUUUAUAUGGACAAAUAAUUAUUAUAAUUUUUGUUUGUUUGUUUUUUUUGUAUAGUACCUCUCCAUAAUUAACUCGAGUUUAUGUUUGGUCAGUUAACCUCAACGCUGCAUGGAGUUUUUUUUUUUUUUUUUUUUUCUCUUUCUCUCAAACCGACACCUUUUAACUUCUCUCUCGCUCUCUCUGCCUCCUCUUCUUACACAUCAUGUAUUAGUUUAUAUAUUAUAUAUAAAAUUGGGAGUGCAAGGUUGUUUUUUUUUGUUUGUUUGUUUUGUUUUGUUUCUCGUUCUUUGUCUUGCAGUAAGCCACAUGCUAACACGGUGAUGAGGAAUCUCAGAUUUCGGGCUCUUGCGAGGUAAAUUCUUUGCUUUACGCAGCAGGUCUUUUCUAGAGCUAAAGACAAAUCUCAUGUGAAACAAAUACAUGUGGAACUUAGUGUAGUGGUUAAGUAGGCAGGGGGGGUUUCUUUUAAACGAACAAAAAUUAAAUCUUCAAAUUGAAACUCAAACCGAUUGGACAGUGAGAUUAAAAUUGUUCGUAUUUAUGGUUAUUGAUGAGUGAGUGAUCACUUCCCGUAAAGUAAAUGUGCUGUACAGAUCAGAUGUUCAGACCAUGAACAGUUAGUCUGGAAUUGGAUCGACUCCCCAGUCUAGACCUAAUCCCUAAGAUUCCUUAUCACUCAGUGAAUGUGUUUUGAUGAAGAAAUAAAAAGGAACAAGCUGUGAGGUUCUGCGCUGCUCGCAGCCUGCAGAAAGAAUGUCGAAUUUUAUGAAUGAAAACGAAGCGAUGAAGAUCUGCUGGAUGCUGCUCGAUCUCAGCAGCUCUAGCUUCCUGGAUAGACCUGGUUAGCUUUCUCUGUGUUCACUGGCUUCAUAUCGGAAUGGACGCAUCAUCACUAUCGAAUAGCAGCUUUAUAACCAUGGGAACACUUAGAUGUUUCUUCCUGUUAGUGUUUUUGUGUGUGUGUGUGUGUGUGUGUGUGUGUGUGUGUGUGUGUGUGAGCGAGCGUGCAGUUGUGUGCGGGUGUGCUGUCGCUUAGCCGACAUCAGGGUUUUUUUUUUCCUCAAUGAGGACGGUGGCUCCUUUUGCGAGCUUUCAUUAAAUCGAAGUUUAAAGAAAAACAAAAUCGAAAAUGGUUGAAAUAUUUAUGGGUUUAUUGUAGGCUGCGUCUUUGUACCUGCUCUAAUGUUAACUCAUUCAGAGACAGUUAUGGAGCUUUGUGUUUUUUUGUUUUUUGUACUAAUUUACUUUGUUUACCAUGCUGUAGUGCUUUAAGUCACUACGUAGAGCAAAUAAAGAAAUUAAAAAAUA